AUGUUUUCUUUAAAAGAUCUCAUUCCAACAAUUUUAGAUCUCUUACCUUUGGCUAUUUUAUUAUAUAUCCUAAAAUUUUACUAUGAUUAUUUUACUCGAUCGAUUCCAUAUCCGGGUCCAUUUCCGUUACCUAUCAUAGGCAAUCUGCAUCAAUACUUUUAUCAUUGGAACGAUAUGUCAUCUUGGCAUCGUCAAUUGAGUUCGAAAUAUGGUGGAAUAUUUGAAUUAUAUUUUGGAUCCAACAAAUAUUUAAUGAUUAGUGAUUCAAGAAUAGUUGAGCGAAUAUUGAAUACUGCAAAGAAUAAUAACUACUUUGUACGUAUUGAAACUGAAAAAGGAUUGGAUAAAUUACAGAAAGGAAAUAAUGGAUUGUUAUUUAAUGCAGAUGUUAAAUCUUGGACAUCUAUUAAAAAAGUUUUUGUUAGAACUAUAGUAUCCCCCAAUGCUUUAAAAACUGCUAUAAAAUACAUUGAUAACAUUUUUCAGGAUUUGGAAAUGUUAUGGGAUAAUUUGAUUGAUAAAAAAGGUCAAUUUUUAAAUGACGAACAAGAAAGAUCAGUAGAUAUUGAUUUUAUACCUUGGUCAAAAUUAAUUUUCGCUGAAUUCAUAAUGUUACUUAUAACAAGUAAACAAUUUAAUCUAUUAUCAACUCAUUACAACAGGAUCUCAAAUAUAAAACUUAAUCAAAAAAAUUCUUAUGAAGAAUUUUUAGAUCGUUUAGUUAUUGCUUCUGAUUGUGUGCAAUAUUAUACUACUGUUCCAUCAUUUAUACGUAAUCUUCCAAUUAUAAAUAUUCAUACAAAUUACUUGUAUAAGAAUUUGUUAUGGACGAGAAAUUAUGCUUCCAAUUUAGUUAAAGAACGCAGAGAAGAAAUUGAACGCAUAGAAAAUAAAGAGGAAUUAGCACUCGAUUUUUUAAAUAUGCUUUUAACUACAAAUACAUCUAUGAAUGAUGAGGAAGUUGGUGAUAAUAUUGCCGAGAUGAUAAGUGAAGGAAUCGAUAGUCCAUCAAAUACUUUAUCUUUUAUUAUUUAUUAUGUUAGUAAUGAUCCAGAUAUCGAAAAAAACGUUCUUGAUGAAAUUGAAAAAGUAUUUGAUCUUGGCUCCAAUUUUAAAGUUACUUAUGAAGAUUUAUGUAAACUUGAAUAUAUUGAUGCUGUAAUCAAAGAAGUGUUAAGAGUUAGACCAGCUACGGCGACGAUUUCACGGUUUUCUAACAAUCCUGAUCAAAUUGAUAAUUAUAAAAUUCCUGCAUCAACUCAAUUAGUAAUCAAUGUUAUAGGCUUACACAUGAAUCCAAAAUAUUGGGAUGAACCAACGAAAUUUAAUCCCUCAAGAUUUUUGUCAAUUGUUACUAAGGAUCCUUCAACACGAAAUAAUAUCAACACUCAAUGCAAUGAAUUAAAAAUUAGAAUUAGCCGUAGAAGAUAG